GCAUCAGAGAGUGGAGUGAGGAAACAGGAAGAGGAGGAGAGGGGAAGAAAGGAGACAGAGGAGAGGAUCGGGUGAGACAAGGUGGCGAGGAGUGAAAGGGAGGAAAAGGGGAGCAGAGGGGCGUGUGGACCAAAGAGAACCAAGACAACAAAAGAGCGAGCGGAGGAUGAGCAUGUCUAUUUAAAGGGAUCUGAGACUGCACAGGUCUGCUGUCUUUCUAUUCCUGACUGGCGGCAUCAUUGAAUUUGGACCAGAGAGUCUGUCUCCCCCUUUUCUCUCAGUGCUCACUGCAAGGCUGUUGUUUUGCUCUCAGGUGUGAAGUGGAGGGCCUCUCAAAUACAGACCAAGACUGGCUGCAUGUAUCACCCAGCAGAGCUGUACUCUGGCCGUAACACAUGGGACUCCUAUCCAGCUGGAGGACCUAACAGAGGACAAUGGGCUCCUGUGAACAGUCGCGUCUGGAGCCACACAAACAGAUGCCAAGGAGGGCGCAAUCAAUCACAUCAUCCACUAUCAAGUCGUUUUUAUAAUAGGGGGGAGAGAACAGUUAACCAUGUUCAGGACAAAGGUAUCUCAAAGGGGCACAGGCAGCAUCUACGUCUCUGGGAUGGUAAAGAGCAGCUGUUUGAUGCCCAGAGCUGGCAUCACAACUCCACACGCUCAUUCCACAACCGAACUACCACCAACAACGGUUACCUAACAGGACCCGGCGAGCGCUACACAUCCUGGGACAACAACCUCAGCAACUCUGUGCAUGGGGGUCCUCGUCUGCACCGCAACAACAGAGAACUCCAGUCCCCACCAGAGAGAUGGGCCCCCACAGACUGCCGCAGGAGCUUUCCAGGCAGAUUGAUAAACAACAGGCCGGGCCCCUGGAAACGGCCAGCCCUCCAUCAGCGGCGAGACCAAUUACACCAGCACAGUCCACCCCCACAGCACCCCUUAUCCCCAAGGGAGGAGUGUCCUGCUAAGAGGAGGAGGGACUCUGGCCCUGAUCAGUCAUCUCAUCCAGGAUCAAGGCAUUUACCUUUACUUGCCCACGCCCCAUCACCACUUCGCCACCACCGCUGCAACCAAGAUGACUGGAGGCCUCUUAAUGACAGGGCGGGUCCUUGCCACCACUCUGACCACAGGACCUCAACAACACAGCAACAGGAAACCUCUAAAGUGCGAGCUGGAGGACAUGGCUUCAGUAACAGCAGCCUAGCAGCUCUGAACCAGAGUUGUGGCAGCAGACCGCCACAUCACGGAAGCAGAGGGAAGGUCGAGCGGAAAAUCUCGUCUUCACCAGCAGACCACACCCGUGUGCCUUACAGCCACCAAAACCAUCAUUACCACUAUCAGCGGCACACAGGCCACCCCAGAGCCCUACAGCACAACCCCCCGCUACACCCUCUGGAGGAGAAGGACCCACGGAGCCAUCACCACAAACAAAGCACAGAACCUCAACGCACUCAACAAAGAGGAAAUUCAAGGGAUCCAGCCCUCUCCAAGUCUUCUGGUGCAGACUCUCCUCCAUACUCAUCCCUCCUCUGCGGUCCUAAGGAUGGAGGUUCUACUGCCAGCAGUCCACAUGCUCCCUGCAGUCCCUCGUCAUACACGGCAGCCAGUGGCAGAAAAGAUCCAUCAAUCAUUCGUCAGUGUAGUCCUGGCCUCAGUGGACAGCAGAAACUCCAGGGAAGCCCCAGUCACACCCCAAGACCUAGCCUGACAUCCACAACGUCUCUUACAUCUCACAACGGUCCAAAACCCAGGUUUUCAGAUAUCAAGUACAGAAAGACCUCACAGCCCCUCUGCUCACGACAGUUGCCCCACAGCAGAUCGAGAGCAAACAAGUCCGAGAAGGAGGUGGAAGAUCACAAAAAGCCUGAGUUCAAACAAAAAGAUAAGCUGGGGAAAAAGGAGAGAAAGGGAGAAGUUCAAAAGACAAACAGAAAGGGUGAAGAAAGAAAAAGGCGGAAGAAAAAAGAAGAGAAAAGAUUGGGCGACAGAAAAAAGAAAAGAGAUAAAUCACUUAAGAAAGAAAGAAAGUUAGGUUUGAAAAUCACAAAAAAGGAGACAUCCCACUCCGUCUCUUCUUCCAGCUCUUCAGGAGAAGUUAAAACGAGUAAAAUGGAGUCGACAAAUCCGGAGAAUCAAAGCCAGUCAACAUCCAAACACAAGCACAGGGUGAGAAGUGAGCGAGCAGAGGGGACACACAGGCCAUCUGCCAAUAUUCCUCAUCCCAGCUGCACUUCACCACAGCCGUCCUCAAAAUCUGAAAAUCACAAAAUGUCCAAAAAGAGCAACAGUGCCCAGAAACUCCCUGUCAAGAAUCUACUCCUGCAGUCUCUUCCCAGGAACACAAGCCCCAAUCAGACCAGCAAGAAACCCACCGUCGUCUCAUCCCGAUCAGGAGACGGAACAAAAGAAAAGCCUGAUGAAACCCUCCCUUCACUUUUGUUUAAAGCCUUAGCACCACUCAGUACAGCAUGCUCUGUCAGCUUAGAGCGGCCCGUCCACGGCAAAGACAGAAGCCAGGGAGGAGUUCUCAACGCUCCAGAUCUCCAGCCUGUGGCUGUGAUGGGAAAUCUGAGGGAAAUGGGAGACAACCUUGCAAACACUCCACCUGUCCUGAGCUGGCAGGGAUCUCCAGUAUCAGUUCUGGGAGAGGAUGAGGAGGAGCUAGAAAAGGGAGUGAUAAGUAGACCUGUCCUGCAGCCCAGCCCCACCCAGUGCUUUUCUCCUCCUCCUGUAGACAACGAGAGCAUUGAAAAUAUGAAUAAGGAGCCUUGUGAAAGUAUUCUGGCUGAUUAUUCCCACAACGACAGGUCUGAAGACUGUGAUCCGCCCUCUACAGCUGAACAAGUUGCUGAGGAAGAAAAGGAAGACGACGUGGACAGCAGUGGGGAAACUUCUGGCUCUCUUCUUCGUGAGCUUCGCCACCAUAAAGCGGGGUUGGAUGAUGUCUUCAAGAGCCUGGCCACCUUCCUCGGAGGCCAGAGGGUCUCGUGUCGAGGCGGACCGUUUGGCGGGCCCCCUGCUGUCACUGCAGGAGGGGUGAAGUACUCUUCUUCUCUUGCGGAGAUCCACUGUCAUGAGCAUCACGACUUCUCCCCCAACUCAGAUCCCACUGCAUCGUCUACACCCAGUAAUCAAUCACCUACUCACAGUACCUCAGACACACGUUUGAAAUCCCACAGUCUGACGGAUCUGAGUAAACCCGGUGUGGACGCCCUGGUGCAGGAGAAGCAGGAAGAGACAGAGGAUGAUAUGAAAGCAAAACAAGAGGGUAAGGAUGCAGAGACCCUCCCUCGGAGCAUUGAGUCAUCUCUUUUGGACGGGUCGCUGAGUGCAGAGCUGAGACUGACCACCACAAAUACAACCUCUUUCACCGGCCUCCUCACUGUUUCCACCAAGGAAGAGAGAGAGCACAGCAAAGAGACAGAACACAGACAUACAGACAGAAAAAGAAAACAAAAGGAAAGGGACGGAGGAAGAGAAGGAGAGAUCAAGAUAAAGAUAAAGGCAGAGGAAAGCAGCGUCAUCUGCCCUAAGAACAAAGUAAAUGAAAUAAAGGAUUUGGAAGAAAGGGAUAUCUCAUCCUUGGAGCCAGUCAUCUCCAGAAGCUCACCCAGACCUCUCAAAGAAAGUAUGAAGGGCCAGAUUUGUCAGGAAAAUCAAACCCCGCACAGCAAAGACAUCCAGAGAGAGAAGGUGGACAGCGGGAACGCCGAGGUAAAGGUAGCAACGGAGAGGAAGGAAGCCGAGUUGGAAAAUAAGAAAUCGUCAGCAGCUAGAAAAAAGGAUACCAAGACAUCAAACUCAGCGUCAACUGUAACAAUCAACACAUCCAAACUAUGUGUCUCCACACCAGCAAGUAAACCUCCCUGCUCACUGGCUCCGGUCGAUCCACUGAAACUGAAAGCGCUGUCCAUGGGCUUGUGUAAGGAGCUAAAGAUCCUCCUGAUUAAAGUGGAGAGUGCUGGAAGACAAACGUUCAACAUAUCAGAGGUGGAGGAGCAAAGAAUCCCAUUUUCCAAGAUCAACAUCGAAAACACGGCAACUGAAGUGAUCAGAGCCUGCAAGGGGACGAGGGUGAAGGGGAAAUUCAAGGAGUCGUACCUGCUGCCCACUUUCUCUGUUAAACCUAACAUUGCCAUCAAGACCCCCAUUCCUCGAGAAAAGCUUAACCCUCCAACACCAAGUAUCUAUUUGGAGAGCAAGAGGGACGCCUUCUCUCCAGUUCUGCUUCAGUUCUGCACCGAUCCCAAAAAUGCUGUUACUGUCAUCAGAGGACUUGCUGGCUCCCUCCGCCUUAACCUUGGUCUGUUCUCCACCAAAUCUCUGGUGGAGGCCAACGCGGACCAUGCAGUGGAGGUGAGGACUCAGGUUCAGCAGCCGGCCGAUGAGAACUGGGAUCCCAGUGGCUCAGCGCAGACGUGGCCGUGUGAAAGCAGUCGCUCACACACCACCAUCGCCAAAUACGCCCAGUACCAGGCGUCCAGCUUCCAGGAGAGCCUGCAGGAGGAGAAGGAGAGUGAGAAUGAAGAGGAAGGAGAGCAGACCGAGACCUCAGACCCAGCAGCGCCUGCAAAAGCCGGUCUGACGUUAGCCAACAGUAAAGGAAGUCCCGCCUCGGCUUCCAUUAAAGCCAGUUCUGCUCCCGUCCUCAGUAAAGCCCACUCUGUUCUUUCCACCAGCACACCCAGCUCAGAGCAGAAAACGGUCGGAAAGAUCAUCAAAUUUGGGACCAACAUUGAUCUGUCAGACCCUAAAAGGUGGAAGCCCCAGCUGCAGGAGCUGCUGAAGCUGCCAGCUUUCAUGCGAGUGGAAUCCAGCAACAACAUGCUCAGUCAUGUCGGUCACACCAUCCUGGGCAUGAACACGGUCCAGCUCUACAUGAAGGUGCCAGGCAGCCGCACGCCAGGUCACCAAGAGAACAACAAUUUCUGCUCCGUCAACAUCAACAUCGGACCUGGUGACUGUGAGUGGUUUGCUGUCCAUGAGAACUACUGGGGAGAUAUCAAUAACUUCUGUGAGAAGCAUGGAGUAGACUACCUUACAGGGUCCUGGUGGCCGGUCCUGGAGGACCUCUACAGCUCCAACAUUCCCGUGUACCGCUUCAUUCAGAGGCCGGGCGACCUGGUGUGGAUUAAUGCAGGAACUGUGCACUGGGUCCAGGCAGUGGGCUGGUGCAACAACAUCGCCUGGAACGUGGGACCACUCAACUCGUACCAAUAUCAACUCGCCCUGGAGCGCUUCGAGUGGAACGAGGUGAAGAAGGUUAAGUCAAUCGUUCCAAUGAUCCAUGUUUCCUGGAAUGUGGCUCGCACCAUCAAGAUCACCGAUCAGGAUACCUUCAAGAUGAUCAAAUACUGCCUGAUGCAGUCCAUCAAGCACAUCCAGAUUCUGAGAGACCAGCUGGUGGCUGCAGGGAAGAAGAUCUGUUACCAGAGCCGUGUGAAGGACGAGCCGGCCUACUACUGCAAUGAGUGUGACGUGGAGGUGUUUGACCUGCUGUUUGUGACCAGUGAGAACAGCAGUAAGAAGACCUACGUGGUGCACUGUGAGGACUGUGCCCGAGCUAAGAGCCCGUGUCUGGCAGGAGUGGUGGUGCUGGAACAGUAUCGAAUAGAGGAGCUGAUGAGAACCUACGACAGCUUCACGCUGGCUCCAUCACCCUUUUCAAAGUGACGACUCUUCCCUGGUGUCUUUCAGCCAUAACCAAAACUCUAAUGGCAGCACAAAUGUUGCCUUCGAGGCAAUCUAUUCCUGCAAACACUUUCUGAAUCAGCCAAUCACGUUUACUCGGUAUUGUUUACAUCACAUAAUAAGGUAUGGAUACUCAGCCAAUCCAACUAUAGCUCACUGUCUUCCCCAUACCAGCUGCUGAUUGGACGUGUGUUUUGAAAUAGAAUGACUAGACUGGUACUUCUCAUGAAAAGCAUUUCUGACGUGUACAAAAAAACAAAAACAACAAAAAAAAAGAAAACACAAUGUGAGCACUGCUAGCACUGAAAAUCAGGUUAUAUGUUUAACGGACACUGCUGUGAUUCAAAAGCGUCAAGUAGCCAGUUCUUUGUAUUAAUUCAGGUACUUUUAUGCAAAUUCAGUAGAACUUUUUUACACCAAUCUAGUUAUUCUAUAUGUCCAUGAAUUUGCUGUGAUUCUAUCGUACCAGCAGGGGAAUUGCUUCACAGGAGAAGUAGCUGAUUGUCACAUUUGGCAUCGUAUUGGUUUCUGUUUUUGUUUGUUAUUCAGGUAAACUCUGACAUUUGUAACUCCUGUCUGUAAACUCUUUGAGGUGCUAUUCCAAUGUUAUUUAUUCUCGUUAGAUACUUAAAAAGUUUUACCAGCCUAGAAGUACACCACAUUGGCCUUGUGAACUGUAUUUAGAGGAGAGGUAAUUAGAGGAUUAAACUCACACAAAUAAGGUUUUAUGUAAGUAUAAAAAAACAAAUCAAAAACUUUUAUCAGUUUCUCUAAAAUACGGGUUUACUAGAGGACUAAUAUGGUUUCAUUCUUAGUUGGAAAUCAAGUAUGUAGAUGGAAAAUGAGGUUUUUUUUUUUAUUUGUUUUUUCACAAGUCCAGCUAUAUAGUUGUUGCUGUGGUUACUAUGAUACACCCAGAAAACAGACAUAGUGUUGUUUUUAUUUUUGAAAUGGGGACACAAUCUCAGUUUUAUACCUCUUUUGUUGCUACGUUCUUGUUUCUAGAUGACAGAGAAAAUUAAUAAUUGUAAAUUGUGAAUGAAUUUACGGGAUACACAGUGGUGUGCAUAGACGCUGUAUGAGGUGGGGGUCACUAUAGUUGUUUGUGUCAGUGAAGUGCCCGUUGCAGUCUGCAAAAAGUAAUAUAUAUAUAUAUAUAUAUAUAUAUAUAUAUAUAUAUACUGUAUAUGUCCAAAGAGACACACAAUCAUAAUCUUCUAAUGCAAAAGCCGACGAGGGCAGACAGAUGAUCAGACUGCAGGGCGCUUCAGUGUUUCCAUUCUGCUCCACACAUCCGUCCAUCAGGCUGAGCUCCGUGCACUGUCACCGGGUUUCAUACACUGUACUUCCAGUUACACCUGUGGAAGAGCCCACGAACUGAGACAUGACAAAAAAAAGCCCAGUUUUUGUUUUUAAAUGUCUUUUUUCCAUCAUUUAGACCGUCCUUCAAAACAAAAGCUCUCAUUAUGUUGAUGCAACAAAGUCCGAACUUUGGCUUUAAAUUCCAAAGUUUUGUAUAUUUAUUUUUUUCAGUGACAUGUGAAUUUGAUGAUUUACUAUAGGUAUUAUUUUUUAUUUCUUUAAUUGUUUUUGUCAUGUUGUGUUUUGCAUUUGCUUAAAUGUUAUAACAACGAAAAAUAUAUUGACCAAUAGCAUUUGUUUCUAUAAAUACAUAACAUAAACAAACAGUAUUAAUAAGGAUCUUUUAGAUUUGUUUUCUGAAGAUUUAUUAGCAUAUGUACUAAGAUGAAAAGAAUUCCUGCAAUAACUUAAUAUCAACUGAGUUAUUGGUGUAGCUCGACUUCAGAGUACUUUUAAUGACAUGAAAUGUGGUUAUCACGUACCACACUGGACUGUAUUCACUGGUUAGGCCUUUCUUUGUCUUUUAAAUGGGUGUUCAGUAUUACUGCUGUGAAGCCACUCUAAUAACCCCCCCUUUCAGAUCUUACCCCUUCCCUCAUUAGUCUGUGCACACCAUUCCAUGUACAUAAUGUAUCUGUUUUCAGGUUUACUAGAAGACUUAUGUAGUUUUGUUCUCAAUCAAAAAUCUAAUUUGUAUAUGGUCAAAUUUGUCCACCUGAGUUGUUUGUUUUUGUUGUUGCUAUAUUAUAAUACACCCUAAAAAAUAUCCUGUUUCAAUCUAGUUUAAAUUACUGCAAUGGGAGUUUCUUCCCACUUUUAUACCUCUUUUUGUUGUCAGUUUCUGAUUUUUAAAUCACAGAGAAAAUGGAAAAUUGUAAAUUGUGACAUUAUUUAUACUGUACAUGGUUGUUUUCUUAUAUAUUUAUUGCAUUUCAAAGGGUACUUCACUUGAUAAGGGGCUACAAGGUAUUUUAAAAAUGUAGUAUGAUCAUAAUGUGUGGAUAGGGGAAGUGCAAUCAGGGGGGCGGUUUAAUUUUCAUGGUGCUAGACCCCUCCUUGCCUCAAUGCCCCCUCAUUAAACAGCAUAUACUUAUGUAUGAACAUAAUUAACUGAUACAGCUCAAACCAACCAGCUGGUGCUUCGAACCAUUUCAACACAGUUUACUGGGAAGAGAAAUGGAAUGAUGUCUUUGUACUGUAUCGAACAGAUAAAUAAAAGAUCUUUUUUAACUUUAUUUCCAUUGUAUGAAAUUCAUAAUCUUGUGAGGCAUUAGUGGUUUUAUUAUGAGCAUUAGCAGUAGUCGUAAUUCUUGACUCUUUUGCAGAGACUUUUAGGGAUGUGACUUUCAAUGGCGUCGGGGGUUUGUUUUUUGUGUCUUGUCCUAAUUAUUAAUAUUAUUUGAAGGAUGUAAUAAUGCUCUUUUUCCUCUUAACUUGUUUGAUUUAUGCUGCACUUAUUGUUUCAAAAAGAACUCACAUAGAAGAAAACCUGAGCCAGACCUGUCUUAAAUCCCUCUGUGAUUUUUCUGUGACAUAUUGUAUUGUUGUUCAAGAAAAUAAAAUGUUUUGAUAAAUUA